CGGGCGGGGCGGCGCGCUGUCUCCCGGCCUGUCUGGAGCCCGGCGGCGGCAGUGGCGGCAGUGGCGGCGGCGCGGCGCAGGCACCGGCCCGGGAGCGGCACCAUGAGCGGAUCACAGAACAAUGACCUGAAAAGACAGUUUCUGCUGGAGCGUCUGCUGGAUGCGGUGAAACAGUGCCAGAUCCGCUUUGGAGGAAGAAAGGAGAUCGCCUCGGAUUCCGACAGCAGGGUAACCUGUCUGUGUGCCCAGUUUGAGGCCGUCCUGCAGCAUGGCCUGAAGAGGAGCCGGGGAUUGGCGCUAACGGCAGCCGCGAUCAAACAGGCAGCAGGCUUCGCCAGCAAAACGGAAACAGAGCCCGUGUUCUGGUUCUACGUGAAGGAGGUCCUCAGCAAGCACGAACUGCCGCGCUUCUACUCCCUGCGCCACAUCGCGUCGGACGUGGGCCGCGGCCGGGCCUGGCUGCGCUGUGCCCUCAACGAACACUCGCUGGAGCGCUACCUGCACACGCUCCUGGCCGACCGCAGCAGGCUCAGCGCUUUUUAUGAAGACUGGUCUUUUGUGAUGGAUGAAGAAAGGUCUAGCAUGCUUCCUACCAUGGCAGCUGGUCUGAACUCCAUCCUCUUCGCCAUCAACAUCGACAACAAGGAUUUGAACGGGCAGAGUAAGUUUGCUCCUACCGUGUCAGACCUCUUAAAGGAGUCCACGCAGAACGUGACGUCCCUGCUGAAGGAGUCCACGCAGGGGGUGAGCAGCCUCUUCAGGGAGAUCACGGCGUCGUCUGCCGUCUCCAUCCUCAUCAAACCCGAGCAGGACACCGACCCCCUGCCCGUCGUGUCCAAGCACGUCAGCGCCGAUGCCAAAUGUAGAAAGGAGCGGAAGAAGAAAAAGAAGGUGACCAACAUCAUCUCUUUCGACGAUGAGGAAGAGGAGCAGAACUCUGGCGAUGUUUUUAGAAAGAUCCCCGGGGCCGGGGAGAGCUCGGAGGAGAACUCCGACCGCUCCUCCGUCAAUAUCAUGUCCGCGUUCGAGAGCCCCUUCGGGCCGAAUUCCAACGGAAGUCAGAGCAGCAGCUCGUGGAAAAUGGACUCUCUGUCCUUGAACGGGGAGUGCGGGUACCAGAAGCUCGACGUGAAAAGCAUCGACGAUGAAGACGUGGAUGACAACGAGGAUGACGUGUAUGGGAACGUGUCGGGCAGGAAGUGCCUGGGUCACUCGGGCUCACCCGAGAAGCCGCUGGAUGGGGACACCCACCUCUCCCAGAUGCACAGCUGGGCUCCCCUGCAGGUGCUCCAUGGUGACGCCGAUGUCCUCUUCCCGGUCAGCGGAGUGGGCUCCUACAGCCCGGCAGAUGCCCCCCUUGGAAGCCUGGAGAACGGGACAGGACCGGAGGACCACGUUCUCCCGGAGCCCGGCCCCCGGUACAGUGUGGAAGCCAGUCCUCCCAGCCAGGGAAGCCCUCUGAGCAACCUGUUACCUUCCGCCUCCGUGCCAGAAUCGAUGACAAUUAGUGAACUGCGACAAGCUAUUGUGGCCAUGAUGAAUAGGAAGGACGAGCUGGAAGAAGAGAACAGGUCUUUGCGGAACCUGCUGGACGGGGAGAUGGAGCACUCGGCGGCGCUGCGGCAGGAGGUCGACACCUUGAAAAAGAAGGUGGCCGAGCAGGAGGAGCGGCACGUCCUGAAGGUCCAGGCGCUGGCAAGAGAAAACGAGGUGCUCAAAGUCCAACUGAAGAAAUACGUAGGAGCUGUCCAGAUGCUGAAAAGAGAAGGUCAAGCAGCUGAAGUUGUGCCGAAUCUUUGGAGCGUUGAUGGAGAAGUUACAGUCACUGAGCAGAAGCCAGGCGAAGUGGCGGAGGAGCUGGCGAGCUCCUAUGAGAGAAAGCUCAUCGAGGUGGCGGAGAUGCACGGCGAGCUGAUUGAGUUCAACGAGCGCCUGCACAGGGCCCUGGUGGCCAAGGAGGCCCUCGUGUCCCAGAUGAGGCAGGAGCUCAUUGACCUUCGGGGACCGGUUCCUGGAGAUUUGAGUCAAACGUCUGAAGACCAGAGUUUGUCGGAUUUUGAAAUAUCAACGCGGGCACUGAUCAACGUGUGGAUCCCGUCGGUGUUUCUCCGGGGCAAAGCGGCGAACGCCUUCCACGUGUAUCAGGUCUACAUCCGGAUAAAAGACGACGAGUGGACCGUGUACCGGCGGUACACAGAGUUCAGGGGUUGGCACCACGAGUUACAGAGCAAGUACCCGCAAGUGAGGGGCUACAACUUCCCACCCAAAAAGGCCAUUGGAAACAAGGAUGCCAAGUUUGUGGAGGAGCGGAGGAAGCAGCUCCAGAAUUACCUGCGCAGCGUCAUGAACAAGGUCAUCCAGAUGGCCCCCGAGUUCGCCGCCAGCCCCAAGAAGGAGACCCUCGUGCAGCUCAUGCCCUUUUUUGUUGACGUCCCCGCUCCUGGAGAACCGCUGACCAAGAACACCCGGCCCAAAGUGGCUUCCCGCUUCCCCAAGCUGUCCCGCGGUCACCCCAGAGAAACCCGCAACGUGGAGCCCCAGAGCGGCGACCUCUGACCUCUGCCGAAUCCCAGACUUGGGCCCUAUGUGCUGCGCCAGCUGCCUCUGCCCAGCCACUCCGCGUCCGGCCCGGCCCCAGCAGACGGCCCCUUCCCCCCGCCGGAGUGUGCGCCACACCCCCCCCCCCCGGCCCCGGAGACCUGGGACACUGAUUAAACUGGGCAGUCUCAGAGGGCAAGGCAGCAGCUCGCAGGACAGACUCGGACACAUGGACACCCUCCCGGGGCCGGCCCUUCCCAACCCCUCCAGCUCGGGGGCGGGGGCCGGCAGGAGGGUGGGCACCAGGGGCCGUGCACAGCCCCUUGCUGGAGAGGCACAGCUCGGAGGCAGAUCAGAAACCGCCUCCUGACUCUUUCCCACGCGGGAAUUAGAAUGACUGUUACCCUUUUUUUUUUCCUUGUAACGUAACUGCCUGCUGUAGUCUAUGGACACGUGGGACCUGAGGGGGGAGGUUGUGUUCCUUCCCCUUCAACUCUCUCCCAGUGGUCCUAAGACCCUCUGGUUGUACAACCCAUGGCCAGCGGUAGCUCACGUGGCCGCCUUGAGGGAGACAUGCCAGUGGCCUUCUUGCUAAGGAGCCACUAGGGACGCUGACCUGGUGGGGGCGCAUAGAGCACUCCUCACCGCCUUCUGAGGUUGGCUUCUGGAAGGACUAGCCCCCGUCGGAAACUGGAGGCCGCCUGGGCCCACAUGCACACUGUGAGGCUUGGGUGGACUGGGGUCAUGACCUCCCAAGCCAAGAGGCCUCAAGGUCACGUGAGAGACUGUUCAGGGAACUACGGCGGAAAAGGCCUCAGGCCCUCAGGCUUGCAGACCGUUCUCCGGAGCCCUGCAGAGCUCCGUGGGGCUCCCUGGUACCUGGGACAGUGCCCCGCCUCCAGGUCACCGUCAUUCCCUUAGGGUGCAUUCUUGCUGUGCCCUGUGCCCCCGCCGUGCUCUCAGUGUGUCCCCCGUGGCGGGCGGGAACAGGAUGAGGAUGAGCUGCCUUCCUGCGUGAGGUCGCUUCCCAGAACCGGGGCCGUGGGCCGGCUUGGACCUCCAGAAUCACGGACCGGCGUGAGCUGCGGUGGACAGAUACGAAGGGCUCGCUUGUCCGGGGGAAGGACGGAGGAGCUAGACCCACGCGGUGCGGCAGAGCACGUGGGGGCCAGACUGACGUGAGGAAGUGGGAGCGCGUCGGGGGCCUGCGGGCCGCUGAGCACACAAGCUUCCCGGAACCGUUGCAGCCGCCCCAGGCUUGCUGAGCCACUGCGCGAGCACUAGGCCUCUGCUGGUCAGACGGACGCUCUGGACGGCAUCACCCAGAAGGUUUCUGCCGCGAGUUCCCUGCUGCCAAGUGAGGGUAGCGGAAGCGACUCAGGGCCCUUACCGAAGGCUGAGGUGCAGCCCACCCCGCCCUCCGGGGGGAACUGAGGCAGCCCGAACCACCUCAGAGGGAGCCGUCGGCGGGGGAGCAGAACCAAGCACCAUUCCCCGUGCAGGGGCCGCGUCAUCAGCUCAUGGGGGUCAACAGGACCCGAGACGCUGUGUCCCAGGAAAGCGACCCGGGGCUCUGCCUUGUUUGCCAAGGUCCCCACGGCACCUGCGCUUCCUUCGAACUCAAGGCCCACGGGACAGCUGGCCGCCGUCACUGGCAGUGGGGGCACACUUGUGCCAGACUCGCAAAGCUCGGGCUGGCCCAGUCCUGCCCCCUCAGUCUCUGGGAAGUGGGGUUUGCAGCGGACACAGAUGGGAGCCUCCCGUGGCCGACGUCACCCGGGGCCGAGGGCUCUGCUCCACCAGCCCGUUUGGACACCGGGCCCAAAAUGCGUCUGAGUGUGAACUGACCUCACCACCUCCAAAGUCUCCAGCAGGAGCCCACCUGGACAUUCUGUGCCCAGAACUGUGACAGACGGAUGCUAAGCCUUGAGAAACAUUUAUGCACUCGGCCUGUGUUUACAGAAGGAGAAACUCUGCCUAUUUUUUAAAGCUUAAUUAUUCAUGGAAAACUUGCCCUGCUCUCCUGAUACACCGAUGGAAAAGCCCAUUCCUGGGACCACAUGCGACCCAUCCAGGUGGCCUGCUCUGUGUACCCCCUCCUCAUGACGCGGCAGAAACCUGGAGCCAUCGUUGGCGUAUGGACCCCCCCUUUCCACUCAGAUCCGCACGUGACAUACACAUGACAACCACUCCUCAAAGCCUGGACUCCUGUGUCCCCUAGAAUGUUCUGUAGUGGUUCCCCCCCUGCCGCUCCAGAUCCUUGCUCUGUUCCCCGGUGUGCUGGGACAGACAGAGAAACAGUGGGUCUCCAGCUCCUGGAGAAGGAAGCAUAGGCCCAGCCAUUGCAGACAGAGACCCGAGGCACAAAACGCCACCUCCUGGCCAGAGCCGUGUCCUCUGCUGGCCUUCCGUCCUGUCCCGUUGAGAGGCCUGGCCGGCCCCAGCCCUGCACGACAGACACCCAUCAGCCCCAGGACCCACUGGAGAAAAAGGCAGCACGACACAAAGAACCCGUAGAAGGCACUCCUGUUCUCCUGGACCCGGUCAGAUCCUUUGGCACCUCCCCAGCUGGCACCCGAGGAAGUUAGGGGGCACGCCUCGGAGAGGGCAUUCUAUCCCGUGACGGUCACCUUUAGCAGCAUGACCCGGGUGCAACCAAGGGCUUGGGUUACAAAGGGAUCACCUGUGGAGUCGUGGAGAUAGGACCCAAGAGGGAAGAAUGGGGGUAAGGGUCCGUGGACGAGAGGCACUUAGAAGCCAGGCUCCGCUCCACAGAGGGGAGCCUCCCGCGUGCUUGGCUCAAAGUGCUCGCCCGCAGCGGGGUACCGAGGGGCAGUCAGAGCUGCGGACAGUCGUCAGUUUGACCGCACGGCCAGAGCUCCUGCCUAGAGCCAACCGGCAUGGGAGGCCUCACACAAGUCCCGAGCUUGGGCCCGAGUCGCGAGACCGGAGCGGAGAGCUGCCAGCCAGCCGCGUGCUUGCUUCCCGGCACCCUGCACAGGGUCCCUGGGCCCAGGCUACGCGAACCACCCUCCUCUUCUCUCGGCUCCACAUGGGCGAGUUCCCCCAUGAACUUGGGUGGGGGGCUCUAGGCCUCACUUCCUCCCACACCUGCCCACCUUCACAGGGGGAACCGGCCUGCCCCACACAGGCCUCGGCUUCUGGGGUCCCCACAGGUAGCCCCGCACAGUCCCCUCCAGAGGCCUUCAUGCCUCCCCUGGCACCUUGGCACCAGCCCCAGAGCCCGUUCCCGGGAAGGCGCUCCACUCCGUGGGGACCACUGUGCCUGGGCACAGACGUGAGGCGGAACACCGGCUCCAUCUUCAGCCUGGAGCGACCCUGGCAGGCCCCGCUCACCCAGGAACAGCAGACCGGCACCGAGGCGUCCCAGGAGGGGCACACAUCCCGCUCCAUUUCAACCCCAACGGCAAUAAUCCUCGGCCUUCCCUCCAGGUUUGGCGCGGGACCGUGCCCGGCACGCUGGGCUCUGUCCCCAGCCCGGGAUGCGGCAGACGGAGGAGGGGGUACUUCUGGCAGGCAGCCCUCUGCUGCGGGGCAACGCCUCCUACAACCCUCCUUUUUCUAAGUAUUUUGCAUUGUUUCAUUAAAGCGAACAUUAAAUAUUUGCUGUUGGGCUUGGCUUCUGGGUAAUUUUGCACAACUGUAGCACUGUAUAUUUUAUCUAACGUUUCUGUGCCAAAAAGUUCGUUGUCCUGUUUCUGUAACACGUGGUUUUGAAGAGGUUCCUUAAACGGAUCAGUAGGGAUCGGGGGGACACAGGUGCACUCGGGCUGCCCGGAUGCGCUGCUCAGCUCAGCCCCACGGGGCUCCCCUGCCCUCGGCCGUGAACCGCGGUGGGGCGCGGGCCAGCCUUUGAAGGCUCUCAGUGAGGGCCGGGAGCCUCUCCCUGUGGGUCUACAUCCUCACAGCCACCGAGCAUGGGCUUCUGUACCUACUGAAUCCGUUUCCUUAGGGGGAAGCACCCAGUCUGAUUUCUGGAAAGGACGGUCGAGCCUGCGGUAAGGAGACCGAGUUCACUGCUGCUUUGAGGUCCGGGGGUUCCGUUCGUACGGGCCCGGGCAUGCUUGUCCGUCGUGGCUGGAGCUCCACGCGCAGACCUGCUCAGGUCACACCCUCCUCCUCCCCGGGGCCUGAUCAGGCCCGCUCCCUGCCUUCCUGACCCGCGAGCCGGGAGGCCACUCUUCCCACUGCAAGACUCUGCACCAUCAGUAGAAACCACGGAGGGGAGGCCUUUGCAAGAACCGGGAUUGCGGCCACAGAGGACACAGGCCAGCAGACCGCACUUCUGCGCCCGGAGCUGCUGGAAGGAGCCUGGAGAACACGGGCUUCCAGGAGUGAGGGGGGCCGGAGCUCACUAGGGCACGUUCUCAGCUGGCAUUAGGCCUGGACUUCCUGGAGGAGGGGGACCUGUGAAUGCAGGAGCCCUGGUGUCCCAGCGCAGAGGCUACCCACCUCCAGAAGUGUCCCCUUGCCUGGCCGGACCGUGUGAGCCCUCUGCCGGCGGGGUGGGGGAUAGUACAGCAACAGACGGCGGGUCUGGUCGGCCGCCGGGAUGGAUGUGGGGUCGAGCCGUCCGCAGAGUCGCUCUGAAAUGUGUAGUAGUACGUUAACUGCCCUCUUAUGUUAAGGUUUACACAAUAGAAUUUUUAAACAAAUGUGUUUAAUUUUCUAAAAUCUCUUGUAUUAAAGUUUUCUUUUGGAAUAAGCUGUGGUAAUUUUGUUACGAUCUGGUUGAGAUACACCUCUUUACAAUGACAAUAAAAACAGUCACAUUUUAUAAAUUA